CCGGCCCGACCCGAAAGCCCACCAUCGUCGGGGUGUCUUCUCCGCCGCCGCAAUCUCCGGCGACCACCGGACCCCGAGAAGGAAGAGCCAGUGCCCGGCGAAGCGGAGGAGGAGAUGGUGGGCGCCUCGUCUUCGUCGGUGGUGAACGUGUACCCGCUCGCCAACUACACGUUCGGCACCAAGGAGCCCAAGAUGGAGAAGGACACCUCCGUCGCCGACCGCCUCGCCCGCAUGAAGGUCAACUACAUGAAGGAAGGAAUGAGGACAAGUGUUGAAGCAAUCCUGUUGGUGCAAGAGCACAACCACCCCCACAUACUGCUGUUGCAAAUUGGGAAUACAUUUUGCAAGCUUCCCGGUGGACGGCUGAAGCCUGGAGAAAAUGAAAUUGAUGGCCUGAAAAGAAAGUUGUGCAGCAAACUUGCAGUGAACUCACCUUCCUUUCCACCUAACUGGCAGGUUGGUGAGUGUGUUGCUGUCUGGUGGAGGCCGAACUUUGAGACAGUGAUGUAUCCUUACUGCCCUCCACAUAUAACCAAGCCCAAGGAGUGCAAGAAGCUUUUCAUUGUUCACCUGACUGAAAGGGAGUAUUUCGCUGUUCCAAGGAACUUGAAGCUACUUGCUGUUCCACUGUUUGAGCUUUAUGACAAUGUUCAGCGGUAUGGACCUGUCAUUUCCACCAUUCCGCAGCAGCUGUCUAGGUUCCAGUUCAACAUGGUGAGCUCGUAACAAGGCCUCAGGCGACCCGUUCAGAUAGAUCUUCGAACUCAAACUGGCUUAUCAACUUAGCACGACUCUCGUUUAUCCAGUGACCAAAACUUCAUACCAAAACUUCAUGAAUUAUGCACCACCGUUAGUCUACAAUCUAGGCAUGCACUCUGACUGACUUUUAUUUGGCUAUUUCUGAUAUUACAGAAGCUUGGUUCGUGAUGUAUUCUUACUUAGAUAAUCUUGUUGUUGUUCCGCUGCGCUAA